CGCGUGGAGUAGAGUGCCUUACUCGCGACACAUUCAAAUUGACUCAUUCAAGAACAUCAUCCGACCAAAACCCAAAGUCCCAGAGCAGCCCACUGAUAUUAAGAGACACAACAAGGUGUUCGUUAAGUUCCACAUAUGGCAGACAACAACGAGGAAGAACAAGACGCAGCACCGCCGCCCUCGUAUUACUUGGUGUUCCUCAGAAUCAUGAGCAAAAGGAGAACCUGGGUAUGUAUUUUUGUGCUGGUCUAUGCGAUCCUCUUAACUAGCUCUUGGAAUUUCCUCAAAUCCAUACUCUCGUGGUACAAAUUACAAGGCCUGCCUUCGCCGUCGUCAUCUGGGUGGCCGGCCCUCUACGCCUCCGUGCUGCUCGGCGCGGUUUUCGGGCUGCUCUCCAUGUUUGCAGCGCUGGCGGUGUUGGUGCCCGCCACCUUGGUGACUUGGAUUGCGAUUGUGGUUCUCUUGGCCUUUUUUGGGAAGCCCAGGAGGGCUUUGGUCGUCGAAGGCAGGAAGAUUACUAGGGAGAUUGUGGUGAUUGUGUUCAAGAUUUUGUUGAAGGAGGGCAAUUUGGUGGCUGCUGUUUGUGCUGUUUUGGGCUAUUUUGCCCUUUUCAGGAGGAAUAGUAAUGCUACUCCAGACCUCAUUGACUGAAUCUUUGCUAAUUUUGGUGGUUGUGGAGGAGAUUUCAAGGCUUUGUUCAGGUUUUGGUAUAGUUUCCCUUUCUCCCUGUGAGGAUUGAGAGAGGGUAAAGCUCUGACCUCUGCUGUAACAGUUCACUUGUUUUAAUUCUAUUUUGUCAUCUCUCACUAGUUUGUGUAAUCUGGUAUCUUUCUUCUUCCCCAAUCCAUCAAUUUUGUACCCUAUAGUUUUCAUAGCAAGGGUGAAUGAAUGCUUCCACGUGAUUUCUAGUUUUAGCAGGAGUUGCAAUAGUAGUUCAAUUGUGCAAGGAAGCAAUUCUGCUCACAAAUAUAAGUAGUAGCUGCUUAUGAAGUAUUUUGAUUAGAUACUACCCAAUUUAAUGUUUUGAUGAUCUGGUUUAGCAUG